AAACGAAAUUAAGUUCUUUGUGCAUGUUGUGCCUUAACAAUUAUCAAUUGUAUAAAUAAAAUAUACGGAGUGAAGCUGCGUAGCGAAGUUUUCUCUGAAAUUAAAUUACAGCGAUGUUAGGUACGGUACCACUUUAUGGUUGCUCUUUGACUUGAUUAAUAUUAUUGAUCGAAGUCUUCGACGGAUACUUUUUCAGACACAGAGAUUAAGCUCUUUACUUUUGUUCUCUACACUAUAACUGCGGACUUUAACUUUCACUUUUUAUUUGUACUUGUUGGAAUUUUUAAUUUAAAAUACAAUAGAAUUUCCAAGACUAUUUUUAGAUUAAAAAUUAUAAAUCAAGAAAAAUAACAUUAAAAUAUAAUCAACAAUUAAUCUGCGUAAAACAAAUCGUAACAAAAAAAUGAUUGUCAUUAACAAGUGUUGCUAGGUAUUUUGGUUUAUUACUUUACUUUUUAUUAAUGUACGUUGCAUAUUUGUAAAUUUUCACUUUGUGAAAUCAUACUAUCAAUUCUAUUAAACAUAAUAUGUAUUAUGUUCGAAAGAGCUAUGUAUAUGAAAAUUAAUCAUACCUAAAGUUUUAAUGUCUGUCAUGUAAAAGUCUAAUUUUGAUUUUGUUUGGCUCCUUAAUUAUAACAAAUAAUUGCCUAGAGUAGCCACAGAUAGCUUUGACUUUAUGCUAGUAUAGCGUUUGUUUAUCUAGUGAUUUGUGAUUUUCUUGACGUGAAAAUUUCGAAAACUCAGUCUUUUCCAUCACUUCCAUUUUGGUUUUCAAUUUAUGCAACACUGCCUAAUGUAGUACCUACAUGUCAAAAUCAUAGCCGCUUGUCAUUCUGCAAAAACUGGCAAAAAGAAUAACUGAAACACCUACAUAAAUUCAUAAGCUGAAACAAUAUUUAACUUCGUAUUAAAAAUAAUAUAACAAUGGCUUUUAUGGGGGACACGAUGAACCCCACGCCGUUGUGGCAAAACGGACCGUCGCCUGGAGCAUUUUAUAAUUUUCCUGGAAAUGCUUCCACAAUUGCUCCAUCCAGGCACGGUGUACAGGAUUUUACAGCUCACUCAGCGAGCCCCAUCACGACCACCACAACUGUCAUCGGAGUUAAGUUUGACAAGGGAUGUGUUAUCGCCGGUGACACACUGGGCUCGUACGGGUCAUUGGCCCGGUUUCGAGACUGUCCCCGCGUGAUGAAAGUCAAUGACUUAAUACUACUAGGCUGCGGAGGAGACUAUGCUGAUUUUCAGUAUUUGAAGGAUAUCAUUCAACAAAAAAUCAUUGAUGAGCGCUGUGUUGGAGAUGGUCUCCAGCUCAAGCCCCGUUCUCUGCACUGCUGGUUGACUCGUGUCCUCUACAACAAGAGGAGCAAGAUGGAUCCCCUCUGGAACAGCUAUGUGGUUGCCGGUAUUCAGGAUGGUGAACCCUUUCUCGGAGCUGUUGAUAAAUUGGGAACAGCCUAUGAAGAUGCUGUGAUCUCGAACGGGCUAGGAGCUUACAUGGCGACUCCUCUACUGAGGGACGCAGUGGAUAAAGGACCUCUGGACCAAGAAACUGCUAUUGCGGUUGUACGUAAAAGUAUGGAGGUGCUUUUCUACAGAGAUGCUCGCGCGUUCCAACGCUACCAGCUCGGCGUGGUCACGGCUGAGGGAAUAAAGAUCACAGACGAGGAGCUCAAGCAUGAUUGGUCGUUGGCUCACAUGAUACAAAUGAAGUGAUUUUGUUUUUAAAUAAAAUAAAUGUUUUUU